CCUCCCGCGGUGAUGGCUCUCGGCGCGGCUGCGGUGCGACGCCAGGCAGAGGACGAUGAAGGCGCGCGGCUCGUUUGAUUUUCAUUCUUUCUGUUUAUUUAUUCAUUCAUUUAUUUAUUUAUUUUGCACACAGUGAAGUCUCGUGCGGGUGGACCGUCGCCUCCUCCCCGCGCGCUCCGACUCAUUCUUAUUAGAAGUUGUUCAGCCGUCCUGCGCGUGCCAUGACGAUGAAACAGUAAAAUAACACAGAGGAGGAAAAAGAAAAACAGGCCUUUACACACGAACUGGAUAUGGCAUCAGUGAAGGCGAGAGCGACGGCGGGGGUGAAGGAAUUUGCCGGGAAAACCCUGGGUCAUGUUUACAGGGUGAUGGAGAGGAAGCAGAAAAGCGGGGAUGUGAUCGAGAUGACGGAGGACGGGCGGCCCCGCGAGGCCGCGGAGAAGAAAGCCCCGCUGUGCGACUGCACGUGCUUCGGCGCGCCGCGCCGCUACAUCAUCGCCAUGAUGAGCGGCUUGGGCUUCUGCAUCUCCUUCGGUAUCCGGUGUAACCUGGGCGUGGCCAUAGUCAGCAUGGUGAACAACAGCACCGUCCACGAGAACGGCAAGAUCAUCAUCAAAGAGAAAGCCAAGUUCAACUGGGAUCCGGAGACGGUGGGGAUGAUUCAUGGAUCGUUUUUCUGGGGCUACAUCGUGACACAAAUCCCGGGGGGAUAUAUAUCCUCCAGGCUGGCAGCGAACAGGGUGUUUGGUGCAGCCAUUAUCCUCACCUCCACGCUCAACAUGUUCAUCCCCUCGGCCGCUCGAGUGCAUUAUGGAUGUGUCAUCUUUGUGAGGAUAUUACAAGGCCUGGUGGAGGGAGUGACUUAUCCGGCCUGCCAUGGCAUCUGGAGUAAGUGGGCACCUCCACUGGAGAGGAGUCGUCUGGCCACCAUAUCAUUCUGUGGGUCCUACGCUGGAGCUGUGAUAGCGAUGCCUCUGGCUGGGAUCCUAGUUCAGUACACCGGCUGGUCCUCAGUCUUCUAUGUAUAUGGGUGCUUUGGCAUAUUCUGGUACAUGUUCUGGAUCCUUGUGUCUUAUGAGAGCCCUGCUGAACACCCAACAAUCACCGAUGAGGAGCGCUGCUACAUUGAGGAGAGCAUCGGGGAGAGUGCCCAGCUACUGGCUGCUGCUGAGAAAUUCAAAACCCCCUGGAGGAAGUUCUUCACCUCUAUGCCCGUCUAUGCAAUCAUCGUGGCCAACUUCUGCAGGAGCUGGACCUUCUACCUGCUGCUCAUCAGUCAACCUGCAUAUUUUGAGGAAGUGUUUGGCUUUGAGAUAAGUAAGGUUGGCAUUCUGUCCGCUCUUCCCCACCUGGUGAUGACCAUCAUUGUGCCCUUUGGCGGCCAGCUGGCCGACCACCUGCGCAGCAAUAACAUCCUGACAACCACCACUGUCAGGAAAAUCAUGAACUGUGGAGGAUUUGGCAUGGAGGCGACGCUGCUGCUGGUGGUCGGAUAUUCCCACAGUAAAGGAGUGGCCAUAUCGUUCCUGGUGUUAGCAGUGGGCUUCAGUGGCUUUGCUAUAUCUGGUUUUAAUGUCAAUCACCUGGAUAUUGCUCCACGUUACGCCAGCAUCCUAAUGGGGAUUUCUAACGGCGUGGGCACGCUGUCUGGCAUGGUGUGUCCCCUGAUCGUUGGUGCUAUGACAAAAAACAAGACACGAGAAGAAUGGCAGUAUGUGUUCCUGAUUGCCUCCAUGGUACAUUACGGGGGCGUGAUCUUCUACGGCUUAUUCGCGUCGGGGGAGAAACAACCGUGGGCCGACCCGGAGCUGACCAGCGAGGAGAAGUGCGGCUUCAUCGACGAGGACGAGCUGGCAGAGGAGACGGGCGACAUCACUCAGAAUUACGGCGCAUUCGGAGGCCCGGCGAAGACGUACGGCGCGACCACGCAGGCGAACGGAGGCUGGGCUGCCGGCUGGGAGAAGACGGAAGAGUACAUCCAAGAAGAAGCACAGGGAGGAGGAGGAGGAGGAGGAGGAGGGGGAUAUGGAUACAGGCAGGAGGAGGGAUAUUCUUAGACCAAAACACACAUUCACUGACAUAUGAGUAGACCUAUUUUCCUGAGUGUGUAUCUGUUUAGUCAUAAAAAAAAAACGCCAACAAAUGAGAAACACUACAAUCCAUUAUUGUGAGCUCAUGUUUGCACAAAUUAUUACAAAAACAUCUAUAAAAAAAAUCUAAAAUAAUCUAAGAAUUACGAAAGUAUAGAAAAUAUAAUAAUAUUUGAUUAAUAGAGUGGUAACAUAUCAAAUUGGCAGUCUUUAAAUGUAUUAUUAUGCAUAUUAAUAAUAAAUAUAUUUAUUUCCAUCCUAUUAUAGUGGAGACUUCCCGAUCACACUGAAGUCUGUAGGGUUACAUCGAAUCUGUCCGUCAGAGCUAACCCUUUAGUUAUAUCAGUGACCUACCUACAGUACAAUGUCGUACAAACCAGCCAUUACAGUGUAUAAAUAUGUCACUGCACAGCAUUGUAAACAGGAAGUAGACACUGUUGAUGUAGAUUGUACUGUGUCCUAAAUGCACUCAGAGUAGUGUGACCUUUAAAUGCACAAAAUGGUGGAGUUUUUCUUCUUAUUUUCCGGUUUGCUUUUCUUAUCCACGGCUUCUGUGUCCUUGACAAGUGAGUGAGCUGCAGUGAAGAUUUGACAAGUGGCGUAGUGACGUUUCGACGGCCCGUUUCGUUACGCUUGCAUAAAAAAAAAAAGAGGUUGAAGUCUUCGUUUCGCUAUGUGUCAUUCAUUUCGUGAAAAGCAGUGCGCGGGUUUUCCGCAUUCGCCGCAGUGCGUAGUGCAGAAGUACAGCCAUAGUCCACCACAGAUGUUUUAAUGAAAAGAACCUUUUUAUAAAGUCGUAUAUUACAGAGAUACCUAGUGGUGCGGCGAGUUACAAUUAGAAUUUAAAUAGAAUCAUUAAACCGAGAGGUUUUUGGUGCAAUGCAAAGACUCUGGGAAAGUGCAGACUAACCAAAAUCAGUAUGAGAGUCUAAAUCUAAUAAUAUAGAAAGUGUGAAAUAGAGAUUUACAUUAAAGAAGAUAUAAAUGAGUAAUAUUUAAUAUCAAAGUCCCUGAAAACCAAAUAGUUUUCAAUAAUAAUGUCUAAACAAAGACUCAUCAGUCAGGGCCUGUAAGAAUAAAAUGAAAGUGAACAUUCCCCGAAUAAGUAUUUGAAUGUUUACAUAGAUCUGUACGUUGCAUUUAAAGCUCCAGUGUGUAACUUCUGUUGCCUUCAGUAGUUUUCUCAAAGCACCACAUUCCACAUUCGUUUGGUAUCGCACUACCUCACUCAUGUUUCAGAGAGCCGCGGUCAACCCCUUGACCUAAAGCUCUCUCUUUUCACCCUUGCGCACUGUGGACAUGAAUUAGCCUUAAAUUUGCUGCCGUCUCCGUCUCGCGGCGUAGCCGCUACGCAUUCCCCCUCCCCCCGCCCCUCCCCGUCGGUUUGUCUCCACAGACACGAAAGCGAAACACUGCUGAGAGGCUCAAACUUGCACACUGGAGCUUUAAAAGUUAAAGACAUAAUGCGAUAGGAGAGUCAACCAGGAGGAACGUGCAAUUUGGACAAACUGCCAUUUGUCCAUUUCCAUUAGAGAAUGAGGAGAUAUGAUAUAGUAUAUACUAAGACGAUGACCUUUUUCUUACAUUUGGAGCGUGGUAAAGAAAAAGUGUUUUCGGAAGAACGUGUGAACGCAUAUUCGCACAAAAUCUGCUCCGUCCUCACUCCGCACUUACUCUGACUUCAGCUCUGUUUCAUUCGUCGCUCUUUGUCUGUGGAGACACUCAAGACAGCACUUCACAAUAUAGAUGUGUGUGGAUGUGUAUUUAUGCAUGGAACAGUGUACAAUUUCGUUGAGUGUCCUUUUUCUUUCCAAACGUUCUCUGUCUCAGAAACUGUUACUGAUGCUUCAAUUUCUUUGCACAAUUAACCAAAGGGUGAAGAGCAGAGCCGGGUUUUAGCUGGAAGUCUAAUAUUUUUUUGUGGUUGGGGGAGUAUGGGACGAACCCGUCAGUGUGCAGGCGGCACCAAACAUUACUCAGUGUACAAAGCAAUAAAUCCAUAGUAACAGUUCUGGUCCAACGUCACAAACGGUCAUUCUGUAACUUGUUUUUUUUGUAUGCAUUUUUGUUUUUACUGUUGUGUGUUUUUUUUUGUGAUAACAAAUGUAGAAAAUGUAAAGAAAAAAAAACAAGAUAUAGUAAAAAUAACUGUACGUAUGAAAAUAUAUAGUAAUAGAGCCCAACACAAUCCUCAUUGACAAGAAAGUGCAAUGAGUUUGUGCGGCGGCUGCUCACCAGAUGAGAAUGAUAAGACGAGCUCCAUCUGAGAGACGGGUGCUCGUCUUCUUUUCGUUUCUGUUUGUUUUUCGUGUGGUUUCGCGUGGACUUUGUGCUGUUGUCUUCUCCCCCUCUCCUUCCUCAGGUUUUAGUUUGAUUGGUGUUUUUCAUUCACCCCCACUGUCCAACCCCGAUUUCACAGAGGAUGAAACGUAACCGAGCGAUUUCCUCAAAAAUGACAAAAUGUGCAACCUGAAGUAGUAAACAACAACAACAAAAAAAAAAAGAAAAAGAGUUUCCUGUUUUUGUGCCUCUGAAGUUACGGUGUGAUUCUAUGGCUUCUGUUGAUGUGUAAAUUGAGAGGUUUGUUGAUGUCAAAAUGAAAUAUAUAUCCUUUUUUAUUAAAAACUAAAUCUGUG